CACGACCUUGACGGGUACAGGGGUCCUUACCCGUCGUCAUGCGUGUCAGCGAAAGGCGCUAAGAUAAAGAUGGCCGAUAACGUGAAUAAUCUUUGGACUUGCAAGCCGCCAGGUCUCACUAUAUUUGCGUCAUUACUCUGUCCACCAACAACAUAACUCAUUUGCACCAGGCGACCUAUAUUCUAUACUAGGCAUCAUGGCAGGUGCGGCUGGGAAAAAGCAGAAGAGGGAAGAGUACCGCGCGGCUCAGCGAGAUGAGGGCGGGACGGAGCUUCCCAAGAAGAAAUUCUACAGGCAGAGGGCGCAUGCCAAUCCAUUCUCAGACCAUCAAUUGACAUACCCAGUUAGCCCAGCAGCAAUGGACUGGUCGUCAUACUACCCCGCAUAUGUUGCGCCGGCACCAGCGAAAGACGAGGAUAACGAGACAAUGGAGGGCACAGAAACAAGCGACAAGCCAAGGCCAUUGACAAAGGAUGUAGAGAUUGCUGAUAUUGGUUGUGGUUUUGGUGGGUUAACGGUGGCACUCGCUCCUCACUUCCCAGACCAGCUCAUAUUGGGCCUGGAAAUCCGAACACAAGUAACAGAAUAUGUACAUGAGCGCAUCAAGGCGCUGCGUGCGCAACACCCAGAUAGCAACGCCUAUCAAAACGCAUCCUGCCUCCGAGCCAACACGAUGAAGUUCCUCCCCAACUUCUUCAAGAAGGGACAGCUCUCGAAGAUCUUCCUCUGCUUCCCAGACCCCCAUUUCAAGACCAGGAAACAUAAGGCGCGGAUUGUGUCACUCUCGUUAAAUUCAGAGUACGCAUAUGCUGUGCGACCAGGGGGAAUCAUCUACACUAUCACUGAUGUGGAGGACCUGCACAAGUGGAUGGUGCAGCACUUUGAUGCGCAUCCGUCGUUUGAGAGGUUGACUGAUGAGGAACAGGAGGCAGAUAAGUGUGUGCAUAUUAUGAGGACUGAGACGGAGGAGGGGAAGAAGGUGGAGCGUAACAAGGGCAUGAAGUUCGUUGCUUGUUAUCGCCGGAGGGAGGAACCGCCGUGGCCUGAGGUGGAGGCGGCCGCUAAGGCAGCUUAAGUCAUAAAUUCAAAGCAUAGUUCAAUUUUCAUGACUGUCAAGUUAAUAUUAUCC